ACACGACCACGGAGUCCCGUCGAAUCAGAACAGUGUCUCUGUCGGUGCAGUGCGAGAUGGCUAUAAUCGUGAGAAGACAACUGCCCGCCCGUCUUGCAGACCUGACCCUAUCCUCUCGCUCUGGACCCGCCCGAUGGUAGCGGGCAUUGGCGGCGCCCUCUCCCGCGACCCAGUUCCCACGCCAGCGCGUACGGACAGCCCCUCUCUGUUCCAACGCAAAGGCGACAUACCAACCAGGGGAAAAGGGGCAGCAGCAGUAGUAGGUUGGAUGCGGGUUGUGUGUGCGGUGCUGUGCCUUGGCCUUGUCGGGGCGCUGCAGCGUGAGCAGGUAGCUCAGCAUGCCAUCAAGCUGCAUCGGGGCAGGAGUGCUGUGGCCAAGCACGCUUGGAGCUGGGUGUCUGAUAACUGCCGGCGCCUGGGCAGCCUCAUCCGACAGAAGAACACGGCCAUUAAGAAGCUAGCUGUGGCUGCAGCCGCUGUGGGGCGAGACCACUCCCUCUCAGACCCAGAGAGACUCUUCCAGGUUCACACUCUGGAGGUGUUCCAGAAGGAGCUGAAUGAGAGCGAACGCUCAGUCUUCCAGGCGGUGGUGGGCCUGCAGAGGGCGCUGCAGGGAGACUACAGGGACGUGGUCAACAUGAAGGAGAGCAGCCGUCAGAGACUGGAGGCCCUCAGAGAAGCAGCCAUUAAGGAGGAGCAGGAGUAUGUAGAGCUGGUAGCAGCAGAGAAGCACCAGGUGGAGGCUGUGAAGAGUGCCCUGGCCCAGAACAAGACCCUGUCCAUGCUGGAUGAGAUCCUCGAGGACGUCAGGAGAGCUGCUGACCGCCUGGAGGAGGAGAUAGAGGACCACGCCUUCGACAACAAUAAACAGAUGAAUGGGGUGCACGUAGCCAACGUGGAGGCGGUGCUGAGAGUGGAGGAGGAGGAGGAAGACGGAGGGAAGAGAAGAAGGAACGCGUCAAGGAGAGGUGGAGAGGUGGAGGACGACGUGGGGCUGAGCAUGCUCAUCGACUCCCAGAACAACCAGUAUGUUCUGACCAAGCCCAGAGACUCCACCAUGCCCCGCUCCGAUCAACACUUCAUCAAGGACCUGGUCUCCGUAGUGAUGCUGUCUCUGCCGUGUGGUUGGCUGUGCACUAUGAUGGGCCUGCCCCCCAUGUUUGGUUACAUCGUCUGUGGAGUCCUCCUGGGUCCCUCUGGACUCAACAGCAUCAAGUCUAUGGUGCAGGUAGAGACGCUGGGAGAGUUGGGAGUGUUCUUCACUCUCUUCGUGGUCGGUCUCGAGUUCUCCCCAGAGCGACUUCGGAAGGUGUGGAAAAUCUCUGUGCAGGGUUCAUGCUACCUCAGUCUGUUGAUGGUGGCUACAGGGCUGCUGUGGGGUCAGGUGCUGCAUAUCCGUCCCACCCAGACCGUCUUCAUCUCCUCCUGUCUCUCUCUAUCCUCCACGCCGCUGGUCUCACGCUUCCUGGCUGGGGGCGCCCGCGCAGACAAGGACGGGGAGCUGGACUACAGCAGUGUUCUCCUGGGGAUGUUGGUAAUGCAGGAUGUUCAGCUGGGUCUGUUCAUAGCCGUCAUGCCCACCCUCAUACAGGUGUCAUCUGGCCACCUGGACAGUGUCCUGUUUGGAGGUCUGCACGUCCUCCUGCUCCUGUCCCAGGUCCUGUUCUCUCUGGCUAUGGUACUACUGCUGUGUGUUCUCCUCAAAUCCUUCCUGAUUGGUCCAUACUACAGGAAGCUCCAUGCUGAGUCUAAAGGCAACAAGGAGAUCCUGGUUCUGGGGACCGCUGCCUUCGUAUUCCUCAUGCUCACCGUGACAGAGUUCCUGGACAUUUCCAUGGAGCUGGGCUGCUUCCUGGCUGGAGCGCUUCUCUCCUCGCAGGGUCACAUUUGCACCACGGAGGUCAUGGGCUGCAUCGAGCCAAUCAGAGACUUCCUCGCCAUCAUCUUCUUCGCCUCCAUUGGUUUCCAUGUCUUUCCUACCUUUGUCCUGUACGAACUGACAGUCCUGGUGGUGCUGACUCUCUCACUGGUCAUCAUGAAGUUCCUGAUGGCGGUGCUGGUGCUGUCGGCCAUCUUGCCCAGGGGUUCUCGCCACAUCCGUUGGAUCGUGUCUGCUGGCCUGGCGCAGGUCAGCGAGUUCUCCUUCGUCUUGGGGAGCCGCGCCCGCCGAGCUGGCAUCAUCUCCAGAGAGGUGUACCUGCUGGUUCUCAGUGUCACCACUCUGUCCUCUUCUUCCCCAGGUGUACCUGCUGGUUCUCAGUGUCACCACUCUGUCCUCUUCUUCUCCAGGUGUACCUGUUGGUUCUCAGUGUCACCACUCUGUCCUCUUCUUCCCCAGGUGUACCUGCUGGUUUUCAGUGUCACCACUCUGUCCUCUUCUUCCCCAGGUGUACCUGCUGGUUCUGUGUCACCACUCUGUCCUCUUCUUCCCCAGGUGUACCUGCUGGUUCUGUGUCACCACUCUGUCCUCUUCUUCCCCAGGUGUACCUGCUGGUUCUCAGUGUCACCACUCUGUCCUCUUCUUCCCCAGGUGUACCUGCUGGUUCUCAGUGUCACCACUCUGUCCUCUUCUUCCCCAGGUGUACCUGCUGGUUCUCAGUGUCACCACUCUGAGUCUUCUGCUGGCUCCGGUGUUGUGGAGAGCCGCCACACACAAGUGGGUCCCUCGAGCCGAACGCAAGACGCUCGCCCGCCCGCCCCCGCUGCUGCCACACCCAGCAGACUGAAGCCCAUAGGGGCCCUGUAAAAGGGCAGAAGGGUCAAAGGUCAUUCUCCCUCUUUCCAUGGAGAAAAUCAUAAUGACCCAUUAUCUUUGGGUCAUUGGUUGCAUCCAAAAUGGCACCCUGUUCCCUACAUAGUGCACUACUUUAGAUCAGGGCUGUAUGUAGGGAAUAGGGCUCUGGUCUAAAGUAGUGCACUACUUUAGAUCAGGGCUGUAUGUAGGGAAUAGGGCUCUGGUCCAAAGUAGUGCACUACUUUAGAUCAGGGAUCUAUGUAGGGAAUAGGGCUCUGGUCUAAAGGAAGUGCACUAUAUAUAACGACUAGGGUGCCAUUUGAGAUGCGAUCAUUGUAGAACGGUUUUACAUGUCCUCGUUGUUGUCUUGACUGUCAUUCCUCCACUCACUUCCUACAGUAGUUAUGGAGGAAUCCCUGAUGAGACCCUUUUGGUUUGUGACAUCACAAUGAUGGUGAUGACAUAUUCCCUUCGAGGGAAUAUUAUUAGUCUGGGGUUGCAUAUGGAUCAGUUUCAUCCGGACCGAACCUGGGAGAAAGACAGGCCAAGGUUUUAACAGUUCAACUUUCCAUUUAGUACUGUUUGAAUGUCCUGCUGAUACUGUAAAGUCUCUGUUCUAACCAAACACGGACACAUAGAGACUGUAUGUAUGGGUUGUUUAUGUCAGGGCUUUACAUGUAUGUACGCGUUAUUGCACUCCUAUGGCAUCUAAUGCUGUAAAAUGUUUAUUUUUCUUAUGUUUCAGUGACUGUUUCAUAUGAUAAUGGCUCGAUAAUUUUAUUCUGUUUGUACGGUGUACUGUACUGUAGCCCGACUGGAAGAAAAGACUACAACUAGAAGACUUCCUGCUAAUACAUCAUGCAGAGAAAUAAAGAUAUAGCAUUGUAUUUAUUAGGCCAGUUAUAGUUAGAUUAUGUAUAAAUGUUACAAUGGAAAUAAGGGGGUCAUUCCAAGCACAAUAAAUUCCCAUUUUACAUUAUGUUGUGUUAGGUUGGAGUUUGUUUAAUAUUCAACAAAAUACAAAAGUUGUAC